CGGAGAGCUGCUCAGUAUUGAGUGUAACAGUACACCUGCGGCCUGCCCAGCUGAUACCACUUAUGUAACACACCCAGAUCCCUGAUCCCUUUAGUCGGCACCUACCACUAUGACUGGCUGUCCCUCCAAAACCGGUUCUCGCACGCCACUAGGGGAGAAUGAUGGGAUGUUGUAUGGCGAAUACCUGCAGCUGGACAAGAUGCUGGGGGCCCAGCGUCUACUCAGCUCCCAGCAUAAGACAGUACAUGACGAGCACCUCUUCAUUAUCACACACCAAGCUUAUGAAUUGUGGUUCAAGCAGAUAAUAUUCGAGCUGGACUCCGUGCGGGGACUCUUCAGCAAUAACCAGGGCUUGGACGAAUCACAGACAUUAGAGAUCCUGAGAAGACUGAACAGGAUAGUCCUCAUUUUAAAAUUGCUGGUGGACCAGGUCAUGAUCCUAGAAACGAUGACUCCUCUCGACUUUAUGGAGUUCCGCAACUAUCUGUCUCCAGCCUCGGGCUUCCAGAGUUUUCAGUUUCGUCUUAUUGAGAACAAACUAGGGAUUAAACAGGAAAACCGUGUUAGAUUUAACCAGAGUUAUGCUCGGGUGUUUGGCCGAGAUGUAGAAGCGAUGAAGGCCAUCGAACGCUCAGAGAGUGAAAUGUCGUUGGAGCAGCUGAUACAGCAGUGGCUGGAGCGCACUCCAGGACUGGAGGCUAAUGGGUUCGACUUCUGGAGCAAGUACAAGCGGGCUGUCGACGAGUGGCUGGAGGGUCAGAGACUUACAGCAAUGGAGAGCAAGUGUGAAGCAGAGCAAAUGUUCCUGUUAUCGGACAUUGAGAAGCGUGCAGAACUGUUCCACUCCGUGUUGGACCCAGGCGCACACGCGGCGUUGGUGCAACGAGGGGAACGUCGGUUCUCCCACAAGGCUCUGCAAGGAGCAAUCAUGAUCACGUUCUACCGUGACGAGGCACGCUUCAGCCAACCUCACCAAUUGCUGUCCCUCCUCAUGGACAUAGACUCACUCAUCACCAAGUGGAGAUACAACCACGUUCUGAUGGUCCAACGAAUGAUCGGGUCCCAACACGUUGGCACUGGAGGUUCUUCAGGUUAUCACUACCUUCGUUCAACCCUCAGUGACCGUUACAAAGUAUUCCUGGAUCUUUUCAACCUGUCAGCAUUUCUGCUGCCACGAAACCACAUCCCUCCACUGACCGGAACCAUAAAGAGUCAGCUGUCGUCGCUGGGAGGUCUGCGGGAACGUCACUGCGACUGUGAUUCCGACAAGCCUGUACACGACUGAACACGUUCACCACGGUAACACUGGUGCUAGCUACCCACACUGCUACCAACCUCCUACCGACUCACUAAUGGCUGCCCAGUCGUCAAUAGAUAAGCAAAGUAAAACUUGGCAAAGAUUGGCAGCAAUUAUCGAGAGUGGUGAAGAACCAACAGUGCUGUUUGAUAUGUCCACAGGUCUUUGGAAUCAUACAAGGAAUGAAACAAAACUAAAGUGUUUGCUCUCAUUGGAACAAUGGGUAACAUAACCAUUCCCAAUGGGUGUACAGCUAUUUCUGAAAAAAAUAUAAUUAUAAAACCUAGUAUUGUUUGUCCUGUCACUUGCUAUAUGGACAAAAUAAUAAAGGUUUUUGCAGUGGGCAUUGAAUUUAACGGGUCACAGGUUGGUAGUUAAAUUUUAAAAUGUUCAAUUUGUUCCUACCCUACAUUUUCAGAAAAAGAGAAAAUCAAUAUGGUUUAAAAUAUUUUUAGAAAUUUCAUGAAUAUUGUACAAUUUAAUAUUUAUAUUGAUACUCAAAUUAAUGGGAGCUUAUUUUUACCCUGUAAGUAAGUAUUUAACAUUAUAACUUUAUAUAAUUUUUCUGUAAUUAAAAUUUAUUUGUAUAUUUCCAGUAACUUCAAAUAAAUUAAACUAAUGUAAUGUAGCAGAUAAAUAAAAAAUACUCUAAAUUAAAUCAAAAUGUAAAAAUAUAACACAAUCUUAGUCAGGAGAAUCCUUAAAUAUGCCUGACUCUUACAAGCAAAUACAAAUUAGUUAAGGAUAAUUCUAUGUACUAAUAAAAUAGGCCUGGUUUCAUUAUUAAAUAUUUUAAAAUUUAUAUCUUGUUUACACUAGCUUGUUCAAGUACUCUAUUUUUUAUUAUAGGAAUAGUUAAUUUAUUAGAUUAUACUGCCUAUUAUUUAUUAGCUGAAAUCAAAACUGAAUUACUUAACAAUCUCAGCUUAAUAGUUUUGUGUUAGGUACGAAAGGAAGUAAAUUUAGCACUUUCUAGUCAUUUAGCUAAUUUAAAAGGUAAAUGAAAUGAAUUAUUACUAUUUACAUGAUAAGAACAGUUUUAACCAAAUAAGUUGUACUAAUUCUACUUUACCAGUUGGUACAAGUAUUUUGUUUAUAUUACCUUACUUAAUAUUUAGGUCAUUGUAUUAUUGAAAUUUGUUGGUGGUUUUAUGUAAAGCUUGUUAAUGAUUGUUUUGCCUUUAUGCGUUACAGGUUCUUGUUUUUUACUAUUAUACAUUAUAUUAUUAGUCAAACUUUCAAAUUGUUAAGUUUAAAUAUUUUAUUGCGUUGUUUGUGACUAAUUUUGUUGACCCCUUAACAACUUUUAUGAAUUAAUUCAUCAUAGCCACUGACAAAACUGGCAGGUUUUUUUAAUAUAACUUUUUUUAUCACCAUUUUCCUCUUUUAAUACAUUCUUCGAUAAAUUUUCUAUUUCUUUUGAUUAUGUGUUGCCAAUCAAAAUAUUACGAUUAUUCAAAUAUAUUUUCAUUCAGAAUUAUUAUUAACCAUUAAAUAUUAUUAUUAUUGGUUAGUUUUGGAAACUUUACACAGCUGUAUUUCAGAAAUGGUUGAAGAUAAAAUGUUUUAAAUUUUGUAUUUUUUAAUCUAAGCAUUUACUAUGAGUACCUAUUACAAAUUUUAGCAAAAUCCAAAAUGAUGAGGUAAAUUGAGUUGAAUUAGCUCUGUAGUAAAAAUAGGCAACAAAAUUACAUUUCACAACAUUUUGUUAUUUAGUGUACAGUACAUAAUAAAACAAAAGAGAACACUUUAUUAGAGCUAAAAAAAAAAAAAAAACUGUUGAGGGGUUAAUUAUACAUAUGAUUUAACAAAUUUUUUGUAAAAAUAUUUUGUUAUGUUUACAAAGCAAUUAAAAACAUAAUAUGAGAGGGUAUUAUCUCAUCUAGAAAAUAACCUUGAUCAAUUUUUAUCUUCCUAAUGUAGUACAUUUCUAGGGAACAUUGUACGUUUUAUAUCUGCAGAAUAAUCAUUGCAAUGUGUACAGUGUUAUCUGCAUAAAGGAGAAAAGAUUUGCAAGAAUGUUUGAGAACCUGUGUAACAGUUUUGUCACUUUCACUGCCAUUUGUUCACUGGAAGGCCGGUUCAUUGAUGGUUUUGGAGCUAUCACUAAACAAUAAUCAAUUUCUGAUUUUGCAAACUUUCACAUUUGAACUUGGACAUUCAGUCUUUGCAUUGACUAAGGUUACAGACGCAUUGACAUUAAACCGAUGUUCAUCGCUUCGAAACAUUAAUUGUGACAGAAAUGUACAGUCGUAUAAACCACUAACCACAGCCGAGAAUGUGCCGUAACUCAAGUAAUGAUAUCCAGAUUGUACACUGCUUCAUACUAGUAAGACUAGAAACUAAUUACCAAACAGUUUUUUAGCCCUUCUAUAUAUUAUCAAAACACAAAAUAUAACAAAAUCAUAUUAUUUCCAUUAGAAUUUAAAUACUUUCAAUUUGAUUUGAAAGCCCAAUUCCUAUGAGCCUUAUCUUCCAGUGACAGCUCAACAUAGCUUCUCACAUUAUCACAAGUACUGUACUAUGUACUGUUGGUACUGGCUGUACUAGCACACAGUCUACUGUCACCACUGUACUAGAGUAGUUCGUUUAUUGUUAUUGUUUACUACUUUGUGAAUCAAUCAUUUCAUUGUAAUUUUAGUUUCCAGUAUUUUUCACCUUUUACACAGUUAAUGUUUAACUCUUAAAUACAUUUUUUUGUUUUCACAGAUUUUGCCACUCAAUAUUAACUGCAGUGCUCUACACAUUCUUUAACUGUAAUAGAGAUAACAAUUAAAGGUAUUUUUAAUUUUAAGAUGGUGUUUAUUUACUACAUAAUAGCACUAUUUGAUAUCUGGUAAGCUAACCGUAAAGCAUUUACCUACAGUAGACUCUCACUGAUCCAGCAGAUAUCAGAGCACGGUAUUGCCGGAUUAGUGAAAACGCCGGAUUAUUGGAAGGACAUCAAUAAAAAUGCUUAAAUUGUUCCAAAUGUGUGCUUUAUUACACUGAACACUAUUCAAAAUUACUGUUACAGUACUUGUGUGCUAAAUUUAAAUGAAAGGCAUUAAAACAGUUUCUUUAAACAUUAUUUUAAUCAUUGGUUUCUAUAUAAGUGCUGUAUCACACUAGACGUAAACAUAACCUUAACUUACGGUGUGGUAAAUCUAUUCCAUUAGAGUAAAACAUUUUUGAUUUUCUUUUGUUUCUUGGUUUGAAAUGAUACUUUUAAUACUUUCUCUUGAAGCCUCUUUAAAACAAGAACAUCACUAGAAGACAGUCAUUUCCUUUGCCCACUUCACAGAAGUUACAAAAACAUUCAUCGCAACAUUGGGUACAAGCAAAUAAACCACUCUCAUCUGUGUUAUAAACUUCAUCAGGAGUUAGGUCUAGUUCCUCCAACUAACAUAAACUUUUCCUUGAAUGGUUCACAUGAUAGUUUUAUGUCUGUCGUACGUAACAACCGAAUUCCGAAAUGCUUUUUGAAUUUUUCUAACCAUCCUUUUGCUUUAAAACCGUUUUUUUUUCCAUUAUCUUCUCACAGAAAACCUUUGCCUUUUCUUUAAGAAUCUCUCCUAAAAUUGGUGUUUGCCUGUUCUGUUCUUGAAGACACCACGCAUACAAGCUGUCCUCAACCUGAGAAAAUUUACCUUUUUUCAGUGUUUUCCUGGCACUUUUCACAUUGUCAUUGCUUUUGCAAAAAAAUUAAAAUCUUUCACUGUUCUUCUGUAUGUCAUGUAUCGUUGUGUGACAGAUACCAUAUUUAUCUGCGAGGUUAGCAAGCUUAUCGCCUUUAUCAAGUCUCUUUAAAAUCCCGUUCUUCUGAAGCAGAGUUAAGUUUUCAUUUACACUGAGUGAGGCAUUUUUCUCUUACUGUCUUGAAAUAUAAAUUAAGCACAGUAGCAAUAACACGGAUAACACUGGCACUGUUAACGUUAACAGCGGGUAAACCAUGAGACAACUGAGCAAUCGUAGGUUGUUUGUUUACAACAGUUUCCAGUAACUUGUCUCAACUUGAACCACUCCACACUCAUCAAAAUACACUGGAUUAUAGAGGGUCUACUGUACCAAACUGAAUCACUAUAUUUUUAAAUUUUGUCUUUAGAACAGGGUUAGCAUUUAACAACUACAAGCAACAAUAAAUUCUGAUUUAUUAAAGAGGAAUUAAAAACCUUGAGAUACUGAAGAGUGAACUGAGAAGAUCUCAGGAGUCAUUAAAUAAAUUUCAAUUUAUAUAAAUAUAUGUUUAUUUUCUGUAUAUAAAUUAUUUUAAAACAACAGAAAAUUUGAAAUCAAGGAAAAAUAUAUUGCAAUAUUAACAUAAACAUUAAAAACAAGACAAAUAUAUCUGAAAAUAAGAACUAAUUAUUUAUAAAACCAGUCUAUAAAUAAGCAACACCACCCACUGUGUUCUGAUAUGCACCUUCAAUAUUAUUUAUAUACUGUAAUAGCUCAUGAUGUACAUAAAAAUGAAUAAAACAGUACAAAUUGA